UUAAAUCAGCGGUAAAUUGUAACCAUGUGACAAGGCUAGCUAAAGCUCAGGGAUAGUUCAAGUCGUUCGCAAACAUAAACGGCCAUAUCGGCCUACAUCGUAAAACGAAGAAGAAGAGGAGGCAAAAACUAAGCCAUAGCACAUAGCCAAAACGCGAAGUGUGGAGAUUGACUAGAGACCCGCAUUUACUAAACUAAUUAGAGUGGAAACGUUGCCCCGAUACCCAAUAGAUAUUACCACGUGUAGGUAAAAUGUUACAUUCACUGAUAAGAAGGCACUUUAAGCUUCUGGCCGUGGUGCUGCUGGCCGGUGUGGCUCUGAGCACGGUUGUGGCCGAAAAGGAAAUACCAUUGACCAAGUUCAGCCAGGAUGUUGGCGGUUACGGUGCUACGAUGACGUUCCUCUACUGUUAUUCCUGCGGCUAUCGCAAAGCAUUCGAUGAUUACUACAACAUCAUUCGCGAGAAGUAUCCUGAAAUUACGAUCCGCGGUGGAAACUAUGAUCCGUCCGGGUUCAACAUGCUGUUGUCGAAGGUGUUGCUGAUCACCAAGCUCCUACUGAUCAUCGCCCUGAUGUCCAACUACGACAUCAGCCGCUACAUUGGCAACCGGUUCGCCCCAUGGUGGCAGUGGUGCUUCAACAACAAGCUGUACGCAUCGAUGAUGAUAUUUUUCCUUGGCAACACCAUAGAAGCUCAGCUCAUAUCAUCGGGCGCUUUUGAGAUAACGCUUAACGAUGUGCCCGUGUGGUCGAAGCUAGAGACAGGUCGAUUUCCAGCACCACAAGAGAUGUUCCAGAUCAUCGAUAAUCAUCUCCAGUUCACCAAUAAGAUCGAACCAAAUCCAGAUUUCGUUAAAUAAGCGACGGCGGGCGAUGUAAGGUGAUUCGUUUAUUUCGUUCUCAGUAGUUGUUUUUGUGUUCUUUUAGUUGAUUUUGUUUUCGUGUCAACAGAAUACACAUGUAUUCUGUUCUGCAAUAUUUUUGUUUCGUUCUCCAUGUUUCUUAAUUGUUUUGUUGGUGUCGUUUUACGAUGUAAAGACAGUUACAUUUUACCGGGAGAAAGGACUUGAUCAGGGGCAUUUUUUUUCAUUUCUGCAAGGGUUCGUUCACCUUUGAAAACACUCCUUUUCCUUUUCCCUAUUCGUCGACGCCGCAGUAUCGAUAGAUAUUCAACAUGUUUUACCAGUAACCGUGAACACAAUAAGAUACAAAACACGCUGAACUAGACUAUAGGUGUAAGGCAAUCUAUUCGGUGGGUAGUAUGGUGGAAAGUGUGUUGUAUCCGUGCUGAAUUGAAUAAAAUAAUUUA